AUCAGAGACCAGUGUGGAGUAGAGGCUGUCGGGGCAUGGGUUACAAUAGCCAGCCAGCCAUUUUACAAUCCUAGCAGCAACGAACAUCUUUUCUGCAGCAUCUUUGGAUAUAAUAAAUAGCAAUGGGUCAAUGUGGUAUUACAUCUUCUAAGACCGUGCUGGUCUUUCUCAAUCUUAUUUUUUGGGCAGCGGCUGGCAUCUUAUGCUAUGUGGGGGCCUAUGUGUUCAUCACCUACGACGACUACGACCACUUCUUCGAGGACGUUUAUACGCUCAUUCCAGCCGUGGUCAUCAUCGCCGUGGGGGCACUCCUGUUCAUCAUCGGUCUGAUUGGCUGUUGUGCCACCAUCCGCGAGAGCCGCUGUGGUUUGGCCACGUUUGUGCUGAUCCUGCUGCUGGUGUUUGUGACUGAGGUGGUGGUGGUUGUGCUGGGCUACAUCUACAGAGCCAAGGUGGAGGAUGAGGUGAAUAAGUCCAUCAGGACGGUCUAUAAUGAGUACAAUGGAACCAAUACUGAUGCCCCAAGCCGUGCUAUUGACUAUGUUCAAAGACAGCUUCACUGCUGCGGAAUCCACGACUACUCGGACUGGAAGUACACGCGCUGGUUCAAUGAGUCGCGCAACAACAGCGUGCCACUCAGCUGCUGCAAGCCCAACGUGAACAACUGCACCGGCUCCAUGCUGCGCCCAGGAGACUUGUACCCUGAGGGCUGUGAAGCGCUCGUCGUCAAGAAAUUAAAGGAGAUUAUGAUGUAUGUCAUCUGGGCUGCGCUGACCUUUGCUGCCAUCCAGAUGCUGGGGAUGUUGUGUGCCUGCGUCGUGCUGUGCCGCAGGAGGCGAGACCCUGCUUACGAGCUCCUUGUCACUGGAGGAACAUACGCAUAGAGCUGACCUCCACACACACACACACACACACACACACACACACACACACACACACAGAUAUUCACAGGCACACAUCCACACUCGUACCCCUAAGGUUUAAGAUUGUGCCUGUCAGGGUCAGCGCACAGGCUCCUAGCCCUCCGUUUGGCUUUCCCUUGCUGUCGGCAGUCAGUGAACCCACCUUUCACAAAGAUGCUCACUCUAUACACUGGUGACAGGUGUCCUAGUGACAAUACUAUUUAUUUACAUGCUGUAUGUAAGAUGAUGUUUUUAUAUUCACUACUUUUAUUUUUCUCUCUUCUCUCUCUCCACAAAUGCUACAAGCCAAAUUCCAAAAUGGCAGUCAAAACCUCCCCAACCUCUUCCAUUUUCUGUCUUUAAGAUGAGGCAUUGACACUUAAUACUUUAAAUUAGAUUCUGUUUAUGUUGGGGAGGGGUGGGGGGCGUGGGGGGGUGUUGAUGAGAGGGCAUCAGUCUGCUCAUGUGCGGGAAGGCAGUGCUGGAGGGGAAUUAAAAUGUGGAAUUUCUGCUUUCCUCAUGUGUCAGUUUGCACUAUGUGUACGGCUUUUGGAAUAUUUUAUAAAUAUUUAAAAAACAAAAAAUGACUUCAUGUAAAUAGUCGAGACAGGGAUUUCCUCUCGUCCUGCUCGCUCAUUCUCUUCCUUUUUUUCCUGGUCGGUUUAGUUUCGGUUUUUUUUUUUCCUCUCACCAAAUCACUCACAAUCCUAGCGAGCGUGUUUGCGCUUGUCACUCCAGAGAUAAACAUGCUUGUUCUCCAGUCUUGUUUACCCAGCACGCCCUGCGUCACCAGCAUCGUUCUCAUGAAGAGCUGCUGUAGGAGUGCGUUGGGUCCACGAAAGACAUUUCAGAUAUGCUCAUACUGUACUCAUAAUCUUGUUCAGAUCUGUCUGUAGAAAAGAAACUAACACUAAGUCGAACAACAAUAAUUGGAAGCAAUUUGGGGAAAUAGCUUCUUUUUUUUUGAUUCAAACAGGCAUCUAUGGUAAUAUUGUACAUGCACUACGUAUUAUGUACUGAAAAUGUUACAUUUUAUUACUGUUACUCUCUUUUUUUUGUCCUCCUUUGCUUCUUGUGUGGAGUUGAGUAUACUGCUAAGAUGUAGAUUUUAAAGUUGAUUUUUUUUGUUUGUUUGUUUUUUUGAGAAAAAGAAAUGUAGCUCUGUAGAACAAAAACGUUCAACUCUAGAUGAAUGUAAAUAGAUUAAGGGGAAAAAAAACGUACUGAAAUAAAACUUGUAAAUUCCAA